AUGUUCCCUGCGUCGACCUCGCUAUUCCGUUGGCUGUUUCGUUGCAGGGAGCCGUCAGACUCUGACAUGGAACCUCCCUUGAGAGCCGCGGACGAGGAGGAAGGUAGCGAGUCAGCCGCGCAGGAGGGCCUGCGGGGGGCGGGCAAGGGGGAUGCGCGAGCGCAAGCGGAAAAAGAGAGAGAUGCGCAGGACGCUGCUGCGCAGGAGGGGGAUUCGGAGGGCGGGGAUGGUCAGGAGGAGGAAGGGUUGCUGCAUAGCCGCACUGGUGGCGAUGCGAAGGCGGCGGCAGCGGCGGCUGACGCGGCAGCUGCUGCUGAUGCUGAUGGUGAUGGGGUUGGAGGUUCUGAAGGUGUGGGAGGGGCGAAGGAAGGAGAGGAGGAAGAGAAGGGCGAGAAGGGCGAGGAGGAGAAGGGUGGUGCGGGGAAAGGGAAAGAAGGAGAAGAGGACGAGAGUGGGGUGGAAGGAAAGGGUUCGGAUGCGGAGGAGAAGGAUGAAGAGAGUGCGGUUGGGGAGGCGAAGGGAGGGAGAGUUGCAGGUGGUAAGAAGACGAAGAAAAAGGAUGAAGCGGAGGAGGGGGAAGAGGAAGAGGGGAGCGGAACGAAGGCUGAAGCAGGGAAGGCUGGAGUGAAGGGUGCGAAGGGGAAGAAGAAGAGUGCGAAGGAGGUGGGUGAGGAGGAGGAGGAAGGGGAAGGAGGAAAGAGUGAGGAUGGUGGGAAGGAGAGUGGGGAGGAGGAGGAAGAGGAAGGAGGGGCUGCGAAGAAGAAAGUGAAGAAGAGUGGGAAGGAGGAGGAGGAAGCUGAUGACGCUGGGGAGGGAGGGGAGGAUGAGGAAGGGGAGACCGGGGCAAAGAGGAAGGCGAAGAAGGGAAGCGAGGAGGGAGAGGAGGAAGGGUCGGAGGAAGGGGGAGAAGAGAGUGAGGAGGAGGAGGGGAAGGGCGGCAAGAAGAGUGGGAAGACGAGCAAGAAGGGGAAGGCGAAGAGCAAGAAGCUGAGGGGAGAGAGCGUGGAUGGUGCUGAGCAGGAUGGGGACGAGGAGGAGGGUGGCGCUGCAGAGACAGUGGUUGAGAAAUACGAGGCGUGUGACCCGGAGCUGUCAGAGAUAGUGCCGUGCCUGAGCCCGGCAAUGAACAAGCGCAUGAAGCUGAAGCUGAGCACCAAGGUGAUGGAGCACUACGAGCGCCACUGCCCCUCGGACGACCUCAUGCCGCACUGCCUCGUGCCGCAGCCGCCAGGCUACAAGACGUCCAUCCCCUGGCCGCGCAGCAGGGACGAGGUGUGGCGUGCGAACGUCCCCCACACGCUGCUGGCCACGGAGAAGUCGGAUCAGCACUGGAUGGUGGUGGAUGGCGAUAUUAUUCGAUUCCCGGGCGGCGGCACGCACUUCCCUGGGGGCGCAGACAAAUACAUUGAGCGCAUUGGGAAGAUGAUGGGAGACGAGAACGGCAACUUCUCGGUGGGCGGCAAGAUCCGGACAGUUCUGGACAUCGGGUGCGGGGUGGCGUCGUUCGGCGCGUACCUGCUGGAGCACUCAGUGCUCACCAUGUCGGUGGCUCCCAACGACGUGCACGAGAAUCAAAUCCAGUUUGCGCUCGAGAGGGGCCUGCCUGCGUUCCUGGGAGUGAUGGGGACCCAACGCCUGCCCUUCCCGUCCCUGGCGUUCGACCUGGCCCACUGCUCCCGCUGCCGCAUUGACUGGCUGCAGAGAGACGGCCUAUUGCUGCUGGAGCUGGACAGGGUGAUCCGGCCCGGGGGCUACUGGGUGUGGUCCGCGCCGCCUGUGUAUCGUGAGGACGAGGAGAAUCAGAAGCUCUGGACAGACAUGCUGGCGUUCAUGGGGCGCAUGUGCUGGAAGGUGAAGGCGCAAAGCGGGCAGACCGCCAUUUUCAAGAAGCCAAAGACGAAUCUGUGCAUCAAGAAGCGGGCGGCAGACGUAGAGCCGCCCCUGUGCGAUGCCGCCCGGGUGUCGCCGAAUUCGGCCUGGUACACGCGGAUGGAUGCAUGCGUGAACACGGUGCCGAAAGGCAAGAAGAACAAGCUCAUCCAGCCAUGGCCGGAACGACUGGUGUCUCCGUCGCCCCGCAUUGACUUGCUUGGGCUGGCAAAAUCUGACUUUGAGGCCGACACGGAAGCGUGGGAGAAGAUAGUUGCAGACUAUGACACCCUGCUGGGAGGGCAGGCUCUCCUUCGCCCUGCAGACUCCUCCCUCAAGUCCGCCAAGACAAAGGGCUCCAAGGCGGCCUUCCCCGUGCGCAACGUGAUUGACAUCAAUGCUCACAUGGGCGGGUUUGCAGCGGCGCUGGCGGCGCAGGGGCAGGCGGUGUGGGUGAUGAACACGGUGCCACCGCAGGGGGAGGCCAGCAGUGCCGGACUGGCAAUGGUGUAUGACCGCGGGCUCAUUGGAGUUUACCACGACUGGGCGGUGUCUCAAGUCCUCGAGCGCAAAUGCUCCUUGGAGGCCUUGCUACUUGAGCUCGACCGAAUCCUCCGUCCCAAGGGUGUUCUGCUCUUCCGAGACAGUGCCGAUGUUAUCGCACGUCUGGAUAAGCGGUUGAAGGCGGUGAAGUGGAUUGUACUGAAGGGGCCUGUAUCGAGGACGUUUAUUGAUGGGGAGGAGGAGCAGGUGCUCGUUGUGCAGAAGAGGUUUUGGCGGGUGAAGGAGAAGGCUGGUUUGAAGGAAAGUGCGGAAGCAACUGCAUCGACGGAUGGGGAUGCCGAGGAGCGUAGACGGUUGUGA